ACUUGAAAAUAAAAAUACUAAAUACCAAUAAGGUCCCGUGGACGAAAUGGAUGUUAAUACAUUUUAACAAUAGCUUUUUAGUUGAAUAAGCAUUGUAAUUAAAUAAUCAUUUAGAACAUCAUUGACAUGUUGUACAAACUUCCUUUUAUGGAGCUUUGAAUCACAUUUCGGGUGGGACUUAAAAACCGUGUCAUGUGAAACGUUCACUUAAAGCCCACUCUUUUAUUUACGUUGACUGUAAAAUAUGUUUAUAAAAAAUAAAUGUUCUCAGAAGUAUUAAAUGGGUUAAGAAAUUUUAAACGAGUUAACAAAGACUUUUGUGAGUUUCUAAAGUGAGGCGCACUUUCCCUGGGACUUUUAUUUUGAAAACAUGGUGGAGAAUCACCGGAAAACAUAACUGAAAUAAAUACAAUUCCGUUCGUUUUAAGAAUUGUUUUUGUAAAUAAGGAUGUGAUAUUAGAUUUAUUUUGUUUUUAUUGAUUGUAAUAUGAUGACUAUAUCGUAUAGUUCAGCAAAGAUCAGUGUUCAUGAUGUAAGUUUUAAACAUUUUGAGACACUGCGGGGCUUUUGAUAAGAGCCAUCUUUGUUCGGGGCAAAGAUGCCGAAAAGUUGUUCUGCAUUUAAUUGCACAAAUAGGUACAAUAACAAAAAUCCAGAAAUCACCUUCCACAGGUUCCCUUUUAGUAAACCAUCGGUUCUGAAGCAAUGGUUAGACAACAUUGGACGUGACGACUUUCAGCCAAGAAAGCACAUGGUUAUCUGUUCACUUCAUUUCACCCCAGAUUGUUUCAGUGGUUUGGGCAACCGUAAAAAUCUGCUGUGGAAUGCAGUGCCAACUCUCUUUGCAGUCCCACCUCAGGAUACAAAGCAAAAUAAUUCUAGGAAGAGGCUGAAGCGAGCUUUAAAAUCUGCUGCUGAUAAAUGGGAUGACACUGCGCCUGAUAGGACGCCUCCUCUCAUUGAGGAUACUCAAACUGAGGAAAUGCAUGAGGAUGCUCAACACUCUCACAGCAAUGAAGAGGAUCACUGUCAAACAACAAAAGAUUUAGCUGCCACAGACCACACCUAUGCUCUUUUGGAUCCAUGCACGACCAAAGCUCGUCUGUUUAAUGUUUUAGACACCAACAACUGGCUGCAGAAAAGGUUGCAGACUAAAUGCAGACUGAUAAAAAGAAUGCAACUCAAACUGCAAGACGCUCAAAGAAAACUUCUGACUUUGCGUAGACAGCUCAAAUGUAGAUCUACAUAUCGUCAAAGACAUUCGCAGCUUCCAGUACAAUGUGGAAGUGGCUCAAAGACCUAGUCAAGCAGUAAUGAAAACUUCGGGUUGCACAAACAACUUUGAACUUUAAGGAAGACUGAACUUUUGGUCACAGAAAAUGUGUUCAGUAUAUAUUUCUCUAAAAAAUGCAAAAGUGACAAGUUUUUUGUUUAAUUGGACAGAUAUGUCCAAUUAAAACUUGAAAUUACUGUGCUUUGGGUUUGACUUGUGUAAAAGAUUUUUUUGCACAAAGAUUUUCAGGAUAAUAUUUAUAGAAUAAAUGGUAACAUUUUACAGUAAGGUCACAUUUAUUUAUCUUUAACAUUAGUUAAAAAAAUAUAAAAGUUAAUUGUUAGUACAUGCUAGCUCAGGUCCAUAAAAAAGUUUAAUAAAUGCUAUUAAAGUAUUACUUCAGUGUUAGUUAAUGUUAACUAAUGUUAAAUAGACCCUUACUGUAAAGUGCUAUUGAUUACAAUAUGUGACCCGGGACCACAAAAUCAGUCAUAAGGGUCAUUUUUCCAAAACUGAGAUAUAUAAGUCAUAUGAAAGCUGAAUAAAUAAGCUUUCCAUUGAUGUAUGGUUAUGUUAGGAUAGGACAAUAUAUGUUACAGCUAUUUGGAAAUCUGGAAUCUGAGGGUGCAAAAAAAAAAAAAAAAAAAAAAUCCAAAUUAAGUUCUUAGCAAUGCAUAUUACUAAUCAAAAAUUAAGUUUUGAUACAUUUAUUUUAGGAAAUGUGUAAAAUAUCUUCAUGGAACGUGAUCUUUACUUAAUAUUCUAGUGAUUUUUGGCAUAAAAGAAAAAUUGAUAAUUUUGACCCAUACAGUGUAUUGUUGGCUAUUGCUACAAAUAGCCUGUAGCCUGCUGCUUAUGACUGGUUUUGUGGUCCACGGUCACAUAUAUCAAAUGUCACCCUGCUUAAAACAAUUGAGAAAACAUCAUUUUCUAUUUUUUUUUUUUUUAAAAUAAAAACCAUGU